CCGCGCGUCUCCUCCCUCGGUCUCACUACAUCUUCACUUCUCAUCAUGACCUCCAACUGCCCUAGAUGUGAAAAGCCAGUGUUCUUCGCAGAGAAGGUGAGCUCUCUGGGGAAGAACUGGCACCGUUUCUGUCUGAAAUGUGAACGCUGUAAUAAGAUUCUCUCUUCUGGAGGCCAUGCUGAGCAUGAAGGGUUGCCGUACUGUCAUAAACCCUGCUAUGGAACUUUGUUUGGUCCGAAAGGUGUGAAUAUUGGAGGGGCGGGGUCUUAUGUUUAUGACACACCCUCUCAGACACCAUGUGAUGGAUAUUCAGAGGUUUCACCCACAACACCCUGGUCCAACACUCACAUUGAGCAUCAUCAACCCAAAGUACUUGCGGAUGCGGUGCACAUGUUUUCUGGAGAGACGUCUCUGUGUCCUGGCUGCAGUAAAGUUGUUUACUUUGCUGAGAGAGUGAUGUCACUGGGUCGUAACUGGCACCGGCCAUGUCUGCGCUGCGAGAGGUGUAAAAAAACACUGACCUCUGGAGGACAUGCUGAGCAUGAAGGUCGGCCGUAUUGUCACGUUCCCUGCUACGGUUACCUGUUUGGGCCAAAAGGUGUGAACAUCGGUGAGGUGGGCUGUUAUGUUUAUGAGCAGGGUGAGAACGGAGAGAACAAAAUUCUCGGUUAAGAUUAAAUGAAUGGCAUCAGAGAACAGGAUUAUUAUUUCACUACUUUAUAAAAACAGAUGUACAUAAAUAAUCAGUGAGAAAUUGUUACACUAUUUAAUAUUUUACACACUGAAUUUUAUAAGACUUCUGCACGCACUGCGUCAGGAAAAAUCCCCACAAACACACAGCCAUGAUGUUGCACACUAAUAAACGUUAUAGUCACCUUUUAAAUAUUUACUUUUAUUUAACAUAAAUAAUAAAAAUCAGCCACAGGUUUGUUUUAUGUAACAGUACACAUGUAACAUGUACAUGAAUAAAGAAAAAGAUUAUU